AUGGAAAUUCUCAUUCGCCUGUUGUCUGAGUGCCUGGCAGAAGGUGGAGAGAGUGCUUCCUUGCACGGAGGGAGGGAGACUGGUGCCGUCUCGGCAUCUUCCAUGAUAUUUUUUUUUCUGGCUUCACUUGAAGGUCGUAGAGAGAAUAAAAUGCCCAUCCUGAUUUCCAAGAUUUUUAAAGGGCUGGCUGCAGAUCAAACCGAGGCACUCUUCGUAGGAGAUGCCAUCCUUUCUGUCAAUGGCGCUGACCUCUCCGAUGCUACGCAUGAUGAGGCAGUUCAGGCCCUCAAGAAGACUGGCAAGGAAGUGAUUUUGGAAGUCAAAUACAUGAAGGAGAUCUCACCCUAUUUUAAGAAUUCCACAAGUGGUGCAACUGUAACUUGGGACUCUUCACCUGCCCUUCAGAAGCAAUCCUCACCUGCUCUCUCCCUAAGAGAUCUCAAGGAAGGGAAGAACCUCCCUCUCAAAAUGUGCUACGUGUCAAGGAAAUGCCUCCCAAAUGAUCCAGAACACAGGUACCUUGAAGUGUGCUCUGCAGAUGGGCGGAUUCCCUUGUUUCUUCGGGCGAAGGAUGAAGUAUCUGCCCAGACGUGGUUCAACGCCAUCCACAGCAACAUCAGUGCCCUGUUGCCCAGAGUUAAAGAGGAGCUGAGAGUCUUGCAGUCUGGAGCAGGCAUGGCGGGAGGCAGAGACAUCAAGCACGUUGGCUGGCUCACGGAGCAGCUCCCUGGGGAUGGGACAAAGAGCGUCCUUGCCGUCCUAACAGAGAAGGAGCUUCUCUUCUACAGCAGCUUCCCACAAAGUAGGGAUGCCUUGAACAAGCCCGUGCACAGCUUCCCUCUCAUAGCAACCAGGCUGGUGCACUCUGGCCCAUCCAAGGGCUCUCAUCUCUAUGAUACUGAGCUCUCAUUUGCAUUACGGACCGGAACCAAAAAAGGCGUGGAGACGCACCUUUUCAGUGUGGAGACGCACCGGGACUUGGCCACAUGGACAAGGAUACUAGUGGAUGGAUGCCACAAUGCAGCUGAGUGUAUCCAGGAAGUGUCAACAGCAUGCACGUGGAAUGGGAGAGACUGCACACUGUCCAUCCACAUCGAUAAGGGCUUCACCAUCUCCACCCUGGAGCCUGGCCUCACCAAAGUUGUCCUUCUGCAGCAGCCUUUUGAAAGGCUGCAGAUGUCCUCUGAUGAUGGGGCCAAGAUGCUUUACUUGGACUUCGGCAGCUCAGAAGGAGAGAUUCAAUUAGAUCUUCAUUCCUGCCCCAAAACCAUUGUCUUCAUCAUCCACUCAUUCCUCUCUGCCAAAGUGACCCGGCUGGGGUUGCUGGCAUAGGGACAAGCAGGAAGACUUGAAGAGAGAGCCAAGACUUCAUGAGAUCUAUGCACUAUGGCCAUGAAUUCAGUGGCCAAAGCAAAUUUUUAGAAUGCCAUUAUGGACUGGAGCAAGGAGAGCUGGUGUAACACAUUGAUAGCCAAAGGACUUCUGGGACAGCUGAUGGAAAUACAUGGAUGGUGAAUCAUCUGUGUAUGCCAAGCCCAGGAUUGAACAGCUGAGGCAAUAAGAUUUCCGUAGGAAAACGCCCAUCACAAGUGUGGAAAAUCUGAGACAGCGAAGGAUGUCACAUCAGUUUCAUUCUGCCGUCACAUUAGUGCCUUGAAGAUGAUAUUUUAUAUAUGGGGGGAAAAUCUGUUUGUAUCAAGGUUUUAUAUUUAUAUCACUCUGUUUAUGAACCUUAAAGAAAUGCUGACCUGGUGGUUUUUGUUCCAUAUUUUAACACCAGUUUAGUUGCAAAAAUGUGGUAGAUUAAGACAUAUUUCUUCAUUCUCUACAAAGCAUAAAGUCUGGAAAUACUGUAAGCCAUUUCUCCGACAUGUGACAGACAUAAACUAGAAAGUAGCUGUGGAUUUACCAGUUUAUCCAAACUAUGUAGAUAGUCACAGAAGCCAUAAUUUAAACAUUGAUCAGGAAUUAUUUUUUCGCUAACUCUUGGCCCUUUGAUUUUAUUUCUCAUAUAUAUGCUUUAACAGGAGGUGCUCUUGAGAAGGGGAAACAAUUAGUUCUAUGAGCUAAAAAAUCUUGCAUGAAAUUAUCUUUAUUAUUUUG